AUGCGCUCGGCGCUCCGUCAGGAGCGCGAUUCGCCUUCCCGAGCGGGAGCCUGCGCUCUGGGCUCGACUGAGGCUCCCUGGCCGCUCGCGCUUUUCUCUCCUUCUCCAAGAUGGCGGCGGUCGGCGGCGCUGAGGCGGGAUCCGGGCGAGCUGAGUGAAGAUUGCUUUGAUGGUGAUCACAGCUCUGAGGACGCAGGACUAGCUGCUGGCCGGAGCCAACGAGAAAAGAAACGUUCUUACAAAGAUUUCUUAAGGGAAGAGGAAGAAAUCGCUGCUCAGGUCAGAAAUUCUUCCAAGAAGAAGUUAAAGGAUAGCGAACUUUAUUUCUUGGGGACGGACACGCACAAGAAGAAGAGGAAGCACUCCUCUGAUGAUUACUACUAUGGAGAUAUUUCGUCUUUGGAAUCGUCACAGAAGAAAAAGAAAAAGUCCAGCCCGCAGUCUGCCGAUACAGCCAUGGACCUGUUGAAAGCUAUCACUUCCCCACUGGCCACGGGCUCCAAGCCCUCCAAAAAGACAGGGGAGAAGUCCUCCAGCUCUUCGAGUCAUGCAGAGAGUAGAAAGGAACACCACAGGAAGAAAGUAAGUGGAAGCGGUGGGGAACUGUCCCUGGAGGACGGUGGUUCCCACAAAUCCAAAAAAAUGAAACCGCUGUAUGUGAACACAGAGACACUGACCCUUCGGGAGCCCGACGGCUUAAAGAUGAAGCUCAUUCUCUCGCCAAAGGAGAAGGGAAGCAGCUCGGUUGACGAGGAGUCUUUUCAGUACCCCUCUCAACAGGCUACGUUGAAAAAAUCCUCUAAGAAAUCAGCUCGGGAUGAGCAAGGUGCUUUCCUCCUAGGACACGAGUUACAGAGCUUUCUGAGAACAGCCCGGAAGAAGCACAAGUCCGCCUCGGACCCACAUUCCUCUCCUGGCCCCGAAGGCGGGGGGUCGGAUGCCUCCCAGUUCCCGGACUCCCACAGUACUAACCUUGAUCUUUCGGGACUUGAACCUAUUUUAGUAGAAUCGGACUCGUCCUCUGGUGGGGAGCUAGAGGCUGGGGAGCUAGUGAUAGAUGAUUCCUACAGGGAGGUCAAGAAGAAGAAGAAGUCAAAGAAGAGCAAAAAGAAGAAGGACAAGGAGAAGCAUAAAGAGAAGAGACACUCCAAGUCCAAGAGAAGUUCGGGACUUUCAGCCGCAGCAGCGGGAGAGGCCCCGGUGACCCCCGGCCCUCCGCCCAGCGCCCCACACACUGGGGCUGCUGCCGCUCCCCCCCCACUGCCCAGCCUCCACGCGGACGGGCACGGUGAGAAAAAAAAGAAAAAAGAGGAGAAAGACAGAGAGAGAGAGAGAGGAGAAAAGCCAAAAAAGAAGAACAUGUCUGCCUACCAGGUGUUCUGUAAAGAGUAUCGCGUGACCAUCGUGGCUGACCAUCCAGGUAUAGACUUUGGGGAACUCAGUAAAAAACUGGCAGAGGUGUGGAAGCAGUUGCCAGAAAAAGACAAACUGAUUUGGAAGCAAAAAGCUCAGUAUCUGCAACACAAACAGAAUAAAGCAGAAGCUACAACUGUGAAAAGAAAAGCCUCCUGCUCAGAAGUUCCCGUGAAAGUAAAAGCUUCCUCUGCAGGAGUGCUGUCACCCCAGAAGAAAUCCCCACCCACCACCAUGCUGUUACCAGCCUCGCCAGCCAAAGCCCCUGAGACAGAGCCCAUCGAUGUCGCUGCUCAUCUACAGCUGCUGGGAGAGUCCCUAAGCCUCAUUGGACACCGCCUGCAGGAGACCGAGGGCAUGGUGGCCGUGUCCGGCAGUCUGUCCGUGCUUCUGGAUUCCAUCAUCUGUGCGCUUGGCCCCUUGGCAUGUCUGACCACACAACUACCUGAACUGAACGGCUGUCCCAAGCAGGUCUUGUCAAACACAUUAGACAACAUUGCUUACAUCAUGCCUGGACUGUGACAGCGAGGAGCCCCGGGACAGAGACCUCGUCCUCCCCAUUGCUGGUGUGUGUGUAUGUGGGUGCUCCAGAUCGCUGGUCUCCGGGCACAGGCUUCGAAUUUUUAUAUAUAUACAUAUACAUAUACAUAUAUAUAAUGUACAAUAUAUACAUAGGACUGUAACUACUUUGCUUUUAAUAAUUUUAUGAAAUGGCAAAGGUUUAGCCAAGAGGAAACCUUGGCAUGAAUAUGGACUUGGGAUUCUUUUUUCUCCUGUGGUGGAUCAAUCUGCCUUAAAAAUCAAUGAAACUUGGGGGCUGGGGGCUUGUUCUGGGUGCCAAGGGCAUCUCUUUAUGGACAGCUAAAAAUGUGAUUUUUUUUUUCCAACUCAGUUGUACCUCCAGACCCAUCACUGACCAUUUGCCUUACCUGUCUCACAGUCUGAAAUGUAAUAGGAAAGAUUAUGGGAAGAUGCCAGUUGACUGAAAGUACAAAGCCUUGCAAUGUGAAGUGACCUAGGUUGGAGGUGAUAAAAUCGUUCCCAUCUCCCAGUUACUUCAGUGGCUUAGGUGAACUUUGUAGGGGUUCAUUCCGUUUCCUGCUAUACCAGUGUCCAUGUCUCAAAAUUUAUCGUAAUCUUUGGUACCAUUAGCAGCCUCAGUAGGGCCCAGGAGUUACGUGAGCCCCAGCAGCGUGAAACACCUUGGAGAGAGGGUAACGCUGUCGCUGCACAAGUUGAACAUGUAUUGUGAGCAGAUCCAGAAUAUUCCAUCUGCAGAACUAAUUGCUGGUAUCUUCCAUCGGUGACAUUCGCUUAGCCACCGAGUCCUCACAGGUUUUGCUGCUUAGUUGCUUGAUGGCUGUGGAAGAUGAACUUGGCCCAGCGUGAUUCUUGGGUUCAUCCGAUUGGCUCCCCUGGUGGGCAGAUACCCAGUGUUCUGCAUUCCACACAUAAGUGAAUUGCAAAAAGAGUACUCAAUUCUCAUGUAGGUUUAUUUAUGUGCGCUCGUGACUGUGUGUUUUAAUUAUGUGUAUUUAACUCUUUAAAAUCUCUUAGAUUUUAAUUUAUCCUGUAAAUUUCUGUAUAUAUAAUUUAAUAACAAAAGCCUCCACCAGCAACAGCAUGUGGAAGAUACAGAUUUGUCAUUUCUUCCCUCCUCCUUUCCUCUGAUCCCCUCUGAAAACUCCCAGAUCAUCUACAUUUUAAGGUAUCGUGCCUCAUAAAAGGAAUCAUUAUGUCAGGAUUCUAAUUCUUUAUAAUUCAAUAAUGUCAAGAAAGUAAAAUUAAAAGGAAUGUUACCAUUCCCAGCUGCCCACUUUUCCAAAGAACCAGACUUUUGCUUCCCAGUUCCAAAGAAGACAGCUGAGCACUUGAGGGUUGUUUUUCAGUUUGGUGUGGGGUUCCAGCCAAAACUAAGCUCCAAGGGGACUGUGAUUUCUUCCCUGGCCGAGGCAGAGGGGACUGUGCUUUCUUCCCCUGGCCGGGGCAGAGGGGACUGUGCUUUCUUCCCCGGCCAGCCGAGGCAGAGCGCUGCAGCAUGGAAGUAGAUCUUUGAGGACCCUGCAGCCAGCCCACAUCCUACUUCAUCCCUUCCCUCCUCCCCACCGUGUGGCCCCAGGGCUUCCUUUCCCAAAGGUGCUCUAGCUGCUGAUAGGCCCUCAGCUCGGAGCAGUGGUGAAGUUUAAUUGGGGAAACAGAAGGAAACGGGUAUGUUUGGGAACCUAAAUCAGUAAGAGCAGAUCUGGGUUUGAUUGCCUGUGUUAGACCCCAUGCCACACCUCAUCUGUACCCGUGGAAGUUUCCUGUCUGACACAGGGUAUCAAGGAGGGGCCUGGGAGACCUGGAGAAGUACGGAAGAGGUCAGUCCUGCCCCUGUCCUUCGUGCACGUUAAUGAAAUCCCAGUGAGGACCUGCUUUUUGUUUGUUUGUUUUCCUUUAAAACCCAACCCUUAUUGUAUUUGUAUUUAAAUUUGUACACAUUUGUAUAAUAAUCUGUACCUUGUGGUAUUUGGUACUAUUAGAGGAAAAACUUUGGAUUCAGACCUUCUUGCAGUUUUUAUAUCAUUGUUUUAUUUUGUUUUUUAAAUAAAUUCUAGCGGUUUGAUCCAAAUCCCAUUACAGUUGUAUAAAGAAAUAAAAUUUUGUACUUAUAUUAUUAAAAAUCACAUUUUUAA